AUGAUUAACUAUGGCCUCUCUGACUCAAACUUUGUACUGUGCUUGCCCACAAUUCCUGGAGUCGUUGGUUGUGCUUCAAGUUGCGAGAAACACAACUCUGCAGGGGUGUGGGAUUAUCUGGACAUGGCAACCAGUUCAUCCCCCCAAAGGAUUGGAGUUGUAGGAUAUGGACAUCUAGGGCAGUACCUGGUGGAGAGGAUCCUUAAAGAUGGAGCUGCUCUCGGUCUCACGCUGGGUUUUGUUUGGAACAGAAACUCUGAGAAGCUCAAAGGUUUAGUUCCUGAUGAACUCAUACUUGGUGAACUAUCAUCCUUUGCGAGCAGGCGAUGUGAUGUGAUUAUGGAGGUGUGCCAUCCGCAGAUAGUGAAGAAAUUUGGGUUUCACUUCCUGUCUCAGUCUCAUUUCAUGGUGGGCUCUCCCUCUGCCCUCGCUGAUCCUGAUCUGAACCAAAAGCUGCGUCAGGUGGCUCAGCAGCAUGGUAUGACGCUCUACGUCCCCAGUGGUGCAUUAUGGGGAGGCCAGGACAUCCAGAGGCUGAAUGAUAGUGGAGCCUUAAAGGCUUUGUUUAUAAGAAUGUCCAAGCAUCCAUCCUGCUUCCGGCUGACAGGAGACGUCCUCUCUGAUUGGACGGAGGAAGAGGGCAGACGUGUUUUAUUCAGAGGCUCAGUGGCAGAGUUGUGCCCACUUGCUCCAAACAACGUUAACACCAUGGCAGCGGCAGCAGUGGCAGCAGGGACACUCGGAUUUACUGGUGUUCAGGGAGAGAUUGUGUCCGACACAGCGUUAAGAGACUAUCAUGUGGUGGAGGUAGAGGUGACUGGGCCCGGUGGCUUCUCAGUGCACACAGUGAGGAGGAAUCCAGCCAAACUCGGAGCUGUAACCGGCAGUGCAACAUACAACUCCUUCUGGAAUAGUUUACUAGUUUGCAAAGGUCAUGGGGGCCGAGUUUACUUGUGCUGAAGGAGGCGAGAGCUCUGCAGGAUUAACUACAACACAGCAAGAAGAUUCAGAUGAAUCAGCUGUGUGGAUGGUGUCACUGGAUCAGUCUGUUACUGAGAACUUAAAAACCCACAGACCCUUAGAUAUUUGUGUUCCAAUAAAGUGCAUGCAUACAAAGAAAGAAGAGCCAGUUAUCAUUUGUAAAACACUAAGGUGUAUAUAUAUAUAUAUAUAUUUAAACUUUAUUAGUUAUCUGGUGCAAGAUUGUAACACAUGAUAAUACUCUUACAGGGAGUGUGAGCAUAAAACCUUCUUCCAUUACAAUUAGACAAGUUUAGCUCUUUCCCGGCCCUCUCUUAUGUCCUUCACCUGUAAUCGUAACAAUGAUCAGUCCCUUUUUUCCCCCUUUGUCUGUCUAAUUUCUAUUCCCUUCACAAAUAAAUACUUGAAACAGGCAAACCCAGGAAUAAUCUCCACACACACACACACACACAAACAGUUAAUGAGGAUUGUGAGGUUAUUUGUCGGUGAUCGUCACUGAAAGGCUGUGAUACAAUAAGGCGCAGAAAGAAAAUGAAAACACAAACAUUCCAAAAAGUAGAACUUUUUUUGUUUUCUGAUGCUAUCGUGUGUAUGUGUUCUACUUUUUAUUUCCAUUCUGGGAAGUUUUGUAUUAAACAAGGCAUGUGAAAGAAAGAUGCUACAAUGUUGACGACUGCAUCAUCACACAAGUAAAAUGUUAUAAGUGCUCUUUGUGGUUACUCACAGCAACUGAAACAGUCUUCACGAGUGAUUUU